AGUGAUGAUGAUGGUGAUGAUGAUGAUGGUAGUUGUGAUAGUGGUGAUGAUCGUGAUGAUGAUGAUAGUGGUGAUGAUCACUAUAAUAAUGGUGGUGAUGGCAAUGAUGGUGGUGAUGAUAAUGGUGAUGAUGAUGGUGGUGAUAAUAAUGGUAAUGAUAGUGGUGAUGAGAGUGAUGAUGAUGGUGAUGAUGAUGAUGGUAGUUGUGAUAGUGGUGAUGAUCGUGAUAAUGAUGAUAGUGGUGAUGAUCACUAUAAUAAUGGUGGUGAUGGCAGUGAUAGUGAUGAAAUAAAAUAA